AUGACAAUGCCCACCAUGGGGAGCGACUUCCAGCUCUUCUCCCCAAACACUAAUAAAAGAUACUCAAGAGACUCUCAGGCCGAGUCAAUGUCGUUCGCUCAGUCUCUGACGGAUGAACCCCCCCAAGAUUGGACACAAUGGAUGAGAUGGGAUGAUCAAGGCUUCGCAGAGGGAGUCAAGGAGCUCUCCCAAUCACCCUUCGAUCUAGCCUUCACCUCACCACACUCCUCCACGGGCAAUCCAAGCACAGGCUUCUUCAACAAAUCAGAAUUCUCGCCUGACAUUUCCCUCGACUGCACCAGUCUCCCGUUUGAUGCAACUUUCGAUCAAGGAAUCAACAGUAUGUGUAACUUGAAAGGCGACUCGAGUGGAGCAGAGAUGCCUUCAACGCUUUCGACUGUGGCAGGCUCGCCCUUGUCACCCGACGGAAUCACCCGCAAGCGCAAGUCGGGCAGUGACGACGAUGGUUCAACCAUUAGUGGCGUCGUGUCCACCAGCAAGAAGAUGCCCGCUAAGAAGCGGGCACACAAUGUCAUUGAAAAGCGGUAUCGUGCCAAUCUUAACGAGAAGAUUGCAGAGUUGCGAGACAGCGUACCCAGCCUGCGAGCCUCGAAGAAUGCAGCUAGCAACAUGAUUGACGACGACGAAGGCGAGGGCGUCACGCCUGCCGGCAAGUUGAACAAGGCUUCCAUCCUAUCGAAGGCGACGGAGUAUAUUCGCCACCUGGAAAUCCGAAACAAACGACUCGAAGAGGAGAACACCGCCCUCAAGAACCGACUUCGCCUAGCAGACAAAGCUGCUGAACAGGUGAUCACAUCCACCGCUUCCGUCUCAUCACCCAGCAACUACACCGAGUCGGGAGCAAGCUCAUCGCCUAGUGUGUUCUCGCAGGUUGAGGACUCGCCCAGUGACCACUCCCCUACGACACUACAUCCUCCCGAGGGCAUGAUGAAGGUGCCAGAUGCCUUCAAGCGCCUGAGAGACGAGGCGGCUGCCAAGAACAAUGCUUUCGCACAUUCAUACAUGCAAUCUCCGAGCGGCAGCGGCAACAACCAUGCGUCUACUCAAGGUGGUGGAGGUCGGAAACGGUCCUAUUAUCCCAACAAAUACAUGCUUGGCGCCCUCGCUGGUCUCAUGGUUCUUGAGGGAAUGGGUAGCGAGAAGAAGAGCGAUUCCACCGCCAAAGGCCUGCUGGCUGUUCCCGUCAAUCUGUGGAGUGGCCUACAGAGCCCCACCAUUAACUAUUGGAUGGCAAUGGCCCGCAGCUUUUGGUAUUCAUGGCAUGCACGGGCUAUCUCGCACUUCCUGGUUCUCGCCACCUUGGUCGUUGGCAGUGCGUUUGUGGUUUUUGUCUACCUCUUCAACGCCGGGCCCAAAAGUCAACCCGGGUCAUCCAAGACUGCGGCUAUGUCCGAUGCUACUCUGUCCUCCUCCAAUUUCCGACGUCAGGCGUGGUUAACAAGCAUUCAACAAGUCGGUGUUCCCCGCCACCGCUUCUUCCAUGAGUGGUACGUGGUGACAUCGCGUUGCUUCGAGUAUGUGUUGCGGUGCCUCCUAGGCUGGAAGCUUUACUCUUCAAUCACCGGAGUGACCGUAGAGGACGACAGGGGCCGAGUCAAGUCAUGGGACAUUGCCAUCGAUGCGCAGUUGGCUGGUGGCGACCCGGAAAUCAGCAAGAGUAGACUGGUGCUUACUAUCUUUGCUGCCGGAACUUUGCCUCGCAGUCCAAUGCGGAUGAUGCUCAAGGCACUCCAUUGCCGUAUCCUACUAUGGCGAGUUGGUGUUCCCGGAUCGUGGACCUUCCACAUCUCCAAUGAUAUUGCUCGGUCAUUGGCCGGCUACCAGUGGGAUCUUGCACGCAAGAUGCAUGCAGCUAUGCCGAAGGAUCACCCCGAUGCUCUGCCCAGCCAUCUGGCGGCUCUACUGCAGCUCGACUGUGACGAGGUCAUGAUUGACACCGUUGUGCAACGGGCAGCGAAUCUUACUUGGAAUCGUCCUACGCAAGAAGGGGCAGAUGAUGAUGAGGCUCUUCUUGACGUUGUUGAGGAAGACCCGGCCAUUCGGUCCUCCCUCGACGCUCUGGCAGCCUGGUGGUCAAGCCAUCUCUUGCAGCGGGCUUUACUUCGAUACUUUGAGGCGAGUUCUGGUGGCCCGGAUGCGAAGAAGAGCCGUGAUCUAUUCAAGGCCAAGAUCAAAAUCGCUCUGGACGUUGCUCCCCAGCCUUCUGCCGCCCACACGCGCGCUUUGGUAAUGAAGGCGGUGUUCUUUGAUCAGGAUCGUGCUACUAAUAUUGGAGCGGUCCUUGCAGCGCUACCCAAAGAGAAAGGAACAAGCAUGCAGAGUCAGGCCUCGAACUUCCUCGAUUCGUCGCUCCCUGUCUCUGUGCGGGAUGAGAUCGCCAUAUCCGUCCGUUGUGCCAUGAUUGCGGCCAUCUUCACGGCACGAACCACGGGUGACACCUCUCUCCCCGCAAACUUCACCAUCCAGAAAGCGAUCACAUGGUUCAAUCAGCUGCCUCUUGACCCAGUGGACUUGACCCUGAUCGGCUUCGCCUCGGUUUACCAUUUGUUGCAUGUUCUCGCUUCAGAUACCGAUUACCUGUCGUCUUCCGAGUCCUCCCCCUCCUCCCCCGCUUCGAGAAGCUCUACCCCAUCUUCGGAGUGCUCCGAUGACGAAGGUCACGACAAACCCCGCUUCUCCCCGAAGCAGGCAGUUUCGCCCCAGUCCAUCCCCAAUCUUGGACGCGUCGCAUCUGAAUUGAUGUACUGGGCACGCAACGCUUACAACCCCGCAUUCUAUGGCUUCACUCCCCAGCUUGUGAAAGUGAUUGAGAGUGAAUGCACAUCUUUGUGCCACAGCGCCGGCGUUGAUGUGGCGGACUAUUCAUCCGUUCGGGAGGAGAAGAGUAAAGCCAAACAGGUUAAGGAGAAGAAGAAAAAGAGACGCUCGAGAAGGGUUUAA